AUGGCGAGUGUCCAGCUGCUUGCAGAUGAGAUUGUCAAAGCAUCAAAGCUGCCUGCUGAAAAACAGACCUUGGCAUUUUGGCAAUUACUCGCAAGCCACCAUCGGCACCUUGCUGUCCUUGACCCGGCAGUUCUAGGUGCCCAGGCCUCUGUCGUCUUGGACGAUCUCAUCGCAGCUACAUCUCACACAGUCUUUCAGCGGGCACAUCGGACUUUGCUGGCACGGUGUUUUAUUGCAGUCUUGUCAAAGUAUGACAAGAGUCCAUUUGAAGUGACCAACAAGCUUCUUACAAUUUUGAGCAAAGAACGCGAUGACCGGAUACGCAUUACCUUGCUGUGUAUUCUUGAAGCAAUCUUCAGCAGCAUGGGUCAUGAUAUUGUGUCACUCCAGGCAGAAGGCAUUGUCGUCUUGAUCAAAAUCAUCAAGCCGUCUUCUGCACCAAUCAAUCUACGAGUCGCAGCGCUCAAAACGCUCGAAGCUGUCAUCAACAUGGGGAAACUGACUGAGAAUCUGGAGAGGGACUUGCUCAAGCUGAUUCGCCCACUGAUUACGGAUCGUGCCACAGUCGUUGGCGUCGCUUCGCGUUAUGUCUUGAAUGCGAUCAUCCUGUACUCAACAGUCACCACUGAAGAAGUUUUUCGAACAACGCUAUUGAAAAGUAUCCUGUCGUUGCUUCCUCAGCAAGCACGUACCGCGACGUCUGUGUGUUUGGCAUCCUUGCUAGUCAAAAAGUUUAAUGCUCCAAUGCCAGACGACAGCGUCAGCUCAAUGGUCCAAGCAGGAGUGGCAUCGCUAUCCAACACGUAUGCUCGGUCUCAGGGUCGGACGACAUCCAGCGUGAUUGUUGGUGUGUACCUCGAUUUAUUCAAACGCAUGGGCCGAACCUGGAUCAAUGUGCAUUACAAGGUCAUCAUGCAUUCUGUUCUCAAUGAUCUACUGCUUGGUUUAGCCAUGGAGGAGAAGCACAAAAUCUUGACAGCGAGGAAGCAUGUGCGAAUAUUGCUCAAAGCCUUGCGAAAAUCACUCGAUCAAGAACAUCAGCUUGAAGCCAUCAACAGUAUAGUCGAGCUUCUCCGGGCUGCACCUUCGAAACAUGUCAUUGUGCCCGCACUAGCAGAAAUGGCGGCUCUCAUUGGAUCUCUCGGUUCUCUAACACCACCAGACUUGGAACUGGAUCCAGUAUAUUUCCUUGCGACGCAUUCUGUUCACUCUGUUCAAGUUGCGACGGCUGCUCUAUUGAGGGAUGUCGCGCUCAAUGUACCAACAUUGUUGCCGACUAUGCUCACCAUGUUCACCACGCGCCUUCAGGACGAGCUCAAACUCGUCGCGGAUCCAGCGAAUCCGGCCCAGAAUAGAGAUACGGUGGGCUAUGCACUCACAGUCUCGGCAAUCUUACGAGCAGGUGUUGAACGACCGCUCUACGUGGAAAUCGACAAAUUUGCCAGUACCUUGUUCCAGCUUGCGACCGACACACUCAAAAACUCUGCCAGGUCAAACUUGCAGACAAGUGCCAUCCAAGUGCAAGUCGCCUGGGCUCUCAUUGGCGCACUGCAGACACUUGGUCCAAACUUCGUGCGCAGUCAUCUCGCUCAGCUCUUGCUUCUGUGGCGCAAUGCUUUACCGCGUCCAGUGGCUAAAGAAGCUCGCAAAGUCUCUGAACAUCCUUUCUUGCUGCAUGUGCGGGACUGCACCCUCGGCAGCAUUUACGCUUUUCUCUGCAAUUGCCGAGUCUUGUGUACUGCCGACGUGUUGAAGCGCUUGUCAUCGAUGGUCAGUGCUUCCCUAGCAUACCUGCGCAUCGUCGAAGAGCAAGUUUCGGCAGCCGAUAUGCAGAGCGAGCAGAUCUUUAGCAUGUCCAUUGCUGAUCUUCAUCAUCUGGUCAAGAGACGCGUUUGGAUGUGUGCCGGCAAGUUGCUGACAAUGGGAGCCCCGCUUGCAGACGAAGACCUCGUUCCAACAGCUUUGCGAACGUUUGCCAAUCCAGCUGAGGGCGACGCGGCACAUGUAUUGGGGUAUGUUAGCAUUUGGAGCUCCGCUGAUAAUUAUGCCUAUGGUCUUGCGCCUGGCGAAUUGCAAAGUCACUUUGACGCUAUUGAUAAGCUCUUCGAUACACCCAUAUGUUCAGGCAUUGAGCAUGACUAUCUUCACCUCUACGUUGAAGGUGAAGCAGACGAAUCUAUGCCAGCUAGCACUGCGUCUGCCAACCUAGCCAUCGGGCUUUUUGGUAAGACAUUUCACAAACAGGCACCUGCUGUACAAGAGUCUUUACUAGCUCGCAUGGGCAGUUUCAUCAAUGCUCAACAAAACAGCCGCAAUCCAGGUCGUCGUAUGGCAGUCUUAUUUAAUUGUGUCUCUGCACUCAAGGCAGCCCUCGAACCAGAAGAGGCUAGUUUCAUUCAGCCUCGUGUGCUCCAGGCAAUGAAUGAUAUUCUCAUCGAAAGUCUGUCAUCUUCCGACAGUACCUUACGGAAUACGGCUGCUGCUGCGAUGGGUCGCCUUGCAAGCUUUGGAGGCCAGGCCAAUGCCACGCUCAAGGUCAAUGAAGUCAUUGAUCGAAUUGUCAAUGAUCGUGAGUCGACAGUCCGAGCUGGUUGUGUAACGGCUCUCGGUCAAAUAUACCGCAGACUCGGUGGCAUUGCGGCGGUGUACCACCUUCGAGCUGUGCUCAAUGUUUUACUGAGUCUUGCUGCCGAUCCUCAUCCGGUGGUGCAUUUCUAUACCCUCGAGGCGCUUGUUGUUGUUGUUGAGGCGUCUGGCUUGAAUUACUCGGCGCACGUCAAUGAUACGCUGACUUUGCUCCUCCAGCUAUACGUAACUGAUGUGCUUGACCCCGACACCGGUACGCUAGCAUCCAGCAAUAUGGCAAUCGACUUUGACUGCCUUCACUUGGUGGCCCAAAACGCCGACAGUCUCAUCAAUAUCAUUGGACCAGACUUGGAAGACGAUAAUUCUGCGCGUGACCAGCUACUGACUCUGGUCAAUGAAUUGGUUGUCACAACGUCGAAUAGACUUAUUGCCGACGGUCUUAUUUGCACGCAGCACCUGGCAUUGUACGCAGCAAAGAAGCUCGACUUGACCACUUACAUCGUCAGUCUGCACUACCACUUGCGAAAUGCCGACCCUUUGAUUCAGGAGGCAACAGCUGACGGUCUGUAUGAACUAAUGAAAGUGAAUGCAAAUGCUGUCGUGCGGCAUUCGAGCGUCACCUCGCGCUUCGAUACGGCUCUCUGGCUCUUGCUAGACAGCAGACCAGAUUGGAACACGAUCAAGGACAUUAUUCGUGCUUGGCUUGAUCAAACUCGUCGAGAGCAUCAAUAUUGGAUUGAGCUAUUUCAGCAAAUUCUGGUCAGACAGCGGCUUUCCGAAGUUACAAAGGAUGGCGUGCGAAAACCUACAUUGGUCGAAGCUUCAGUUGAAGAUGAGGGUUCAUCCUUCGGAAAUGCUGACGGUGGCGAUGGCACAAAAGCGGAAUCAUUAUGCUGGCAGACCCGCCUCUUUGCGCUUCAAUGCCUUCAUUCGUUGGUUCUAGCAGUGCCAUCAGCUACGCUCGGAACGCGGGUUGCAGAUCUCGUGCGGAUGGCAUUCAGUGCAUCGACCUCAAAAGUGCGCGAGCUGCAGCUGGAAGGAUUGCGCUUCUUGCGGAGCAUCAUCGUCCACUUCAAAGACUUGCGGGACCCUGACUUCCCCGAAGUUGCACUCUUGGAGCAAUAUCAAGCACAGCUCGGUUCUGCACUGACGCCUGCAUUUGCGCCAGAAUGUCAUCCUGAAGUAGCCGCCCUUGGUGUGCAUGUCUGCGCUGAAUUCACGGCAAGUGGUAUCGUCGAGGAAGUCUCGCGCAUGGGCAGAAUAUUGAAGUUGUUGACGGCGGCACUUGAUCAAUUUCGAUUGCAAGAUGAUGGGCCGCGUCCUGCACAGGCAGAAAAUGCUCGAGCUAUGCUCAAAAUUGCAGUCUUGUCUGCUUGGGCUGAACUUCAAAUCUCAAGCAGACGGCAAGAUUAUUUGGUUCAUGUCGUGGCACCGUAUGUUUCGGAGUUGACGCCCAUGUGGCUUGAGGCCUUGAAGCAAUAUGCAAGCAUCAAAUUUGAGCCAACAACCUCCGGCAAUUCGAUGGAAGUUCAGUACAAUGCGCUCAGUCGCGUUGUCAUGGUCGGCUUCUACGACACAGCCUGGCUCAAAUUCGUCCAUGCGAUAGCAACACUAAUUGAGCAAGACAAGGACGUCGUCUUCGAUGCUCUCGAGGGGCAUGGCCAUCGCUCGCAAGCGGAAGAUAUAAAUUAUCGGGAUGAGCCAGCUGCGUUCUUCAUGGUUCUCUUUGGCAUCUGCUUUGAAGCACUGACUAAAGCCUCCUUGGAAAGCGAUACCGCCAACAAUGCGGAAGUGCUAGCCGCUAUGAAGCACUUUAUGAAGCCGUCAAUAUGUGGCUCAGUUGUCUAUACUGAGCCUAUCUUCACGGAAAUUGGUGACCUGCUUGGGCGGUUGCUAUUAACCGAGAAGCCGGCAUCACAAAUCAUUAUUGUCGAUAUCGCUACGAGUCUGGCGCAGCAUCACCCGCUCGCAACCAAUGAUGAAGGAGAAACGAGUCAUGAGAAGCUUCAAGAGUUCGUGGAUCAGCUGUUCGAUUUGGCUCGGUUGACACUCUUGCCGCUCACCAUUGCCUUUUCCUGGGAUCGAUCCGAUGCAGUAGCAAAGACUGUGCACGUCGGCCCAGAUCUGCCACCUCUGGCGCGCGUCUGUCUCACCAAUUUUGUCAGAAUGGCGGAACAAUUCCCAAGCAUGAUCCGGCUGGACCUUUACAAUUCUCUGCUUCAUGUGUUUGCCAAUCUGUUUACAAGUGCUGCGACACAUCAUGCACUUAUUUCUGCCACUUUGCCAGCAUUCAAGCAUUUAGUGGACAAUAUAGCUGCAUUCUUGCACAAGGACGAGAGUGAAGCCGGGAUGUUGUUGGGUCCGAUUCGGUAUCUUAUUGAGAGCUUGCAAGCGAUUGGGCCUACGGGAGCAGAAGCCAUCGAGAACAAGAUUUUGGCCAUCACAAUCCUCUUUACUGCACUUGGAGGCUAUCUCAGCAGCAACGAUGCUCUUUUCCAAGAUGUCAGUGGCUUGCUAUUGGAUAGCCUUGGAUCAAAGCAGUCGGCUUCCGCAUCACGAGCUAUUCGCUCCCUAUUGACGGCAAAGGAUCGACUGCCUCAACUUUGCAAAUACAUUCUGAGUGGACUGGCCAAGCUGUGCCUCAAGAGGGAGAGCCAUACGCAAUUUAUGGCCUUGCAGCUUCUUGCUGACUUUGCUGACAUGGCUACGGGUGCUGCGCUCUCGUCAAUGCUCAGCUUGAUACUACCCCUUGCUAUUGUAUACCAGCGGUCGAAAUCAAAGGAUGCCAAUGAGAAACAGAUUUUGCGAGGCAGGGUAUUGAGCCUUGUACAACGUGAUGCUGCUUCAUCGAGGCAGCUCAUCUCAAGCUUGCAACCAAAUGACAAGGCUGCACUUGAGACUUUCCUGAAAGAUGAAGGAGAUGGUGUGGUUCAAUCCAACGGCGGAGGUAUCAAGGCACCUCAGAUAGAUUUGAGCAAGGGCCUUGCUGACUACGAGGCAUAG